GUGUGUGUGUGUGUGUGUGUGUGUGUGUGUGUGUGUGUGUGUGUGUGUGUGUAUACAGGGAAGUAGCUCGGCACGGUAAAGGCGGCGGCAGGCUGAACGUUUGUCCGGUUUACCGACAGAACCCCGGUAGAUAAACAGACCCCGUGUGACGGAGACAGACAGGCCGCUGACUGCUCACCCUCUGCCCGGCACAAAGAGCCACCAUGACGGCCGCGGUGUUCUUCGGCUGCACCUUCAUCGCCUUCGGCCCGGCCAUCGCUCUGUUCCUGUUCACCAUCGCCCGGGAGCCGCUGCGGGUCAUCUUCCUCAUAGCAGGAGCGUUUUUCUGGCUCGUGUCUCUGCUGCUGUCCUCUCUGGUUUGGUUCAUCUCGGUUCAGAUCAGUAAUAAAGACAGCGCGGCGCAGCAGAAAGGUCUCCUCAUCUUCGGCGUGGUGCUGUCCGUCCUGCUGCAGGAAACCUUCCGCUUCGCCUACUACAAACUGCUCAAGAAAGCCAAUGAAGGCCUCCUCACUCUCAGUCAGGAGGAAACCAUGCCGAUCUCCAUACGGCAGCUCGCCUACGUGUCCGGCCUCGGCUUCGGCUUCAUGAGCGGAGCGUUCUCGGUGGUGAACAUCCUGGCGGACUCCGUCGGCCCAGGAACUGUGGGGAUCCACGGAGACUCGCAGCACUACUUCCUGUCAUCAGCCUUCAUGACGAUGGCCAUCAUCCUGCUUCACAUGUUCUGGGGCGUCGUCUUCUUCGACGCCUGCGAGAAGCAGCGCUGGUGGGCGGUGGCUGCCGUCGUCAUCAGCCACCUCAUCGUUUCCUGUCUGACCUUCCAGAACCCCGAAUACGUCGCCAGCCUGGUCCCCACCUACGUCAUCUUGUUCCUGAUGGGCGUCUGGGCGUUCUACUCCGCCGGCGGCUCGCUCAGGAACCUCAAACUCUGCCUCACCUGCAAAGACAAGGACUUCCUGCUCGCCAACCACCGGCCCAGAUAACGGCAGCACGCCCAAAAACCAGUGUGCCGGACUCUCAAUCCAAAGAUCACCGAGUUCACACACACACAUGAACGCACACACACUGAAUACAGGGGCGUUCAGUCCUCUGUUGAUCUGCUGUUUCACUUAAGAUCAUCGUCUUAAGUCUAAAAAAAAUUAAAGCAGUGAAAGUUCCUCAAAGGAACAAAGACGGGCGAUCCUUUUGAUUCAUGUCAGUUUGUGUGGAUUUAAUUUCCAUCCAGUGACGAGGUUCUCCUCACAAACACACAUCUUCCCCUCCUCCUCCUCUUCCUCCUCCUCCUCUUCCUCCUCCUCCGUUUGUCGCCUGAUGCACUAAAAGAAACAGCAGAUAACUUUACAUUCUGUACAUACUCUGUUUUCGACUUUUUCUGACAGCUAUCUUCUUUCAAACGUGUCUUUCAAAGGGUGGAUUUAUCAUUCAUGAACAGAACAAACUCUCUGUGUAUAUAUUUAUGCAUUUUUAAUUCCCCGAUGUGUAGAUAGAAGUUUUAGCUUUUUUUUUUUUUUCAAGAUGUGAUUCUCUGUCAGUCUUUUAGCCUGUGGACGAACCUGCCUUUGAUUUGAACACAGAAGCUGAGAGGACGGACGGAUGUUUGUUUUUGUCUCGUUAUCUUGAGCUCACGACUUUAUGGGAUUUAUGACUUCAAUAAAUUUAAUUUGCACAUCUCUGUCCUGCUGCUGUUUCCAUCCCGAGAGGCGAGCAGCUCCGACUGAGAAGAUUCAAACGAUCUGAUUCAGCUGUGAUCUUUUGAAAAGCGUUUAAUCUAAAUGCGUAACAAGAUACAGAAGUCGUUAUCUGAAGGUAACGAGUCAAAUUAAACUCUCAGCUUCCACGUGAAUCAGCAUUGUAUGGAUUAGGAACAGUCAUGUACUUUGUUUCUCACUCCUCUGUGUACACACACACGGUUAUGAAUUCAUAAAUAAGACCAUGAACAGGU